AUGGCCCACGGCGAUCGCAAUCGCUGGAGAGAGUUCCUUCCUUUCGCCCUUCUGGGAAUCCGGGCCGCCCUCAAACUCGACCUCGGCUGCUCGUCGGCCGAGAUUGUCUAUGGAGCGCCCCUCCGACUGCCCGCAGACCUCUUCACCCCAAUGGAACCCUCCAGCACGACCCCUCCAGAAUACGCACGGCACCUUCAGAGGCUUUUCGCCGACUUACGAGCAACUCCAACACGAGCCGUUUCCACUUUUCCUUCCUAUGUUUCCCCCGACUUGUCAAGUGCCACGCACAUCUUCCUCCGCACGGACUCGAUCCGCCGGUCCCUCCAACCUCCUGCCGCUGUGUGUUCCUUUUUCUGGCCCGCAUCAGGUCCUCAAAAGACCUUCACCAUCAACUUGAACGGCCACCCUGAGGUCGUUUCGAUCGACCGGAUUAAGCCGGCGUUCGUAGAGGCGAUCUCUCCCAUUUCCUGUCACCUGCAUGAUGUCGCCGCACCGCCUUCAGCUGCACUAGCGCCUUCGAAGACCGUUACCUGGGCUGACCGUUCGCAAACUCAUCCCUUCGGUCCUCGUCGACCCUUUUUUCCCCUCACUAUUCGCCACCUGCCUCCCAUCCUCAAGCACCCUCGGUGA